AUGUUUGUGGAUAAAUGGGAACCGGGGGUUGUGCCCACUAAACCUGAGCUCACCUCUGCUCCUAUUUGGCUCGAGCUCCGACAGGUUCUCUUUCAGUUCUUCAACGAGGACGGUUUGGAGAGGAUCGCGGGACUCGUAGGUCACCCAAAAUUUCUUCACCCUGCCACUGCAAAUAAAACCAAUCUUGAGGUGGCAAAAGUUUUUACAGUUAUAGACCCGCGGAAGCCUCUACCGGAAGCGGUCAAUGUGCAGUUCGAGUCCGGGGAGAUCAGUAGAGUACUAGUCUCCAGCCCUUGGAUGCCGCCGGUUUGUGAAUGCUGCAAGGAGAUAGGUCAUGUUACUAGGAGAUGCCCUGCAGCGGUGAAGUCAUGUACGCAUUGCAAAUCCCCUGACCACACUCUUCUCCACUGUCCCCAAAAACAGCAGAAGGAGAAAGUAAAAAAGAAGACCCGCCGUAGCAAGUCGAGAGGGAAGCAGAUAUGGAAACAAGUUGACCAAACAGUGGAUACAAGCAAAGACAUCCCUCCUCUGCAGCAAGACGUUAUAGUGGCGCAGAACACUGUCACUUCUGCUCCCACACCCGAGGUCCAGUAUACUGAGAUCGUCCUAAACUCUAAGCUGGGGGCCGGUGUAACUACUGAAACUGGUGAAACGAGUGCUACUCCUGAGUAUCUCCGGAUCACAAGACAAGGUAGCGGCUCUGUACUGUCUAAGUCUUCGAAGUCGGAUCUCCCAUCUGAUUCUUCCGACGUGGAAACAUCAGACUCUGAGCUUGAAGAGGGGGAGUUCAACUUACACGAUGAGGCCUUCGAGGUUGUGCGGAAUAAGAAGAAAUUUCAUGGGCUGAAGCAGUCAGGCCAAAAAGGAAACCGGGGCAGGAGUCCCAAAACCCAUUUUUGA